AUGCAGCGCUCUCCAACAAAUAAACGUUUUGAUUCCGAUCCGGAUCUAUCCAACAUUGUCGCUCGAAAACGCAAGUAUGAUCACGAUAUUUCAGAUUCAUUCAAAUUAUUCACUGAUAAUAUAUUGAAAAAGAUGGAUGAUUGGAAGACGGAUUUUAAUAAUAAUUUACUUCAAAUAAAUGACACUAUAAAUAAUUUGAUUAAGAACGACCUUGCAAAACUGAACGAGAUUGUAGUCGAGGUGAAGGCAGAGAUCAAUAAUAUGCGUAAGGAAUACACAGAGAUUAAGACUGACAUAGUAAGAUUAAAAACUCAGCAAGUGGCAACACAAAAAGAAAUUAAUAGUCUCCAGCAGUCGGUACAAUUCAAUGCUGACCAGCAAGACGAGCAAGCAAAAAAAGAUUGA